AUGAGGGUUUCUUUUCCUGUCUUUACGCUGCAGGCGAAGGCUGGAUUUGUCAUAGUCGGAGGCGGAGGAGGAGAAAAGGAGUUUGGGAAGACAAACGGAAUCAAGGUCCUGGAUGCUCUGUGCAGCAAAGAACUGGCACACUACUCGACGGACGACAUCAUUGUAGAUAUAGGCGUCUUCAGCUCUGAGGACGAAUUUCCUCAGGUGGGCGAGGAUGACAUGUCAUGGGACGAAUACGACGAGGAGAACCCAGAUAGUCUACAUGGUGGAAGUACCAGUGCAGACGGCCCACACCAUAAGGACUCGUCUUCCAAUGAUAAGAAUGCAAAAGAUGUGGCGGAGACUAAGGACAGGCAUCCAACAUUGUAUCUUGCUGCUUCGGGAGAGAGGUCUUUCUACCUGCUAAGGCUUUGUGACAAUGAUCUUGCCUUGAUCAAGAAGGUGGACAAAAAGGUGUCUUCACAGUUAUUUGUCAAGGAUCUAUAUGCCGUCAGUGACAAAAAGCUGUAUGGAUUUCAUGAUGUUGUCAGCUCGCCUAACUCGCUAGACGAUCUUCUGAAGCCCGAAAGAAGAAGGAAGAAAGCAAAUGGUUCUCUACUCAGUGACGAGUCUUACGAGGAGUAUACAUACAGGCCCUUCAGAAAGGACAGGAGGAUUGUAUUCAAAAGGGAGGAGGGAAGAUCCGAUAUAGUUGGAAACUGGGAGAGGUUCUUCGUAACCACAGGGCUGGUUCACAAAGUUGUUCAUGAGGGUGAAAGAUAUAAUUUUGUAUAUAAUUCCAAGAAGUACUCCUACGAGAAGGAGAUCGGGGGGAUAGUCUACACCAAUGGAAUGCUAGUCUAUUACCUCAAAGGAAAGGAUUCCGUCUUGUAUUUCCAAGGAGAGCACGAGAGGGUCUACAACAUUCCAAAAAUCACUGCAAUGUCGUGCGAGGGCCGAUACACAGUUGUUGGGACGGCAAGUGGCCAUGCUUAUCUCUUCGACAAAUGUGCUCUGAGUGGAAAAAGAAAGGUUUACGAUGUUCCGAUAACAGCAGUAGGGUUUAUGAAUGGGCAGGUUUAUUUUUCUUCUUUAGAUGGCUUCGUUGGGAUGCAAAGAGUAUCCAGAGGGUACAUCGCGCCCUGCCUGGUGCUAUCCAUCAUCAUCUUCAUUCUCGCAGUGCUAAUAUCUGCGAUUUCAAGGUCAACCGGACUCUCCUUUCUGGGCAAAUAA